GAAUACCCUACCUCAGUAGAGUUGCAGACUCGCCCCUGAGCACAGAGACUACAACAAGAAGCGAAGAGGAGGAAAAGUGAAGCAAAGAGGCUCCAGAUUCACAACAGAAAAAGGUUAAGCCCCGCCCUCUGAUGAAAACAUAACCAUUGACCUCCCAGAUUUCUACGCUGCUUUGAUGGCAGAAAAGGCACCUCCCCCGACAAACUCCUCGUCCUCAACCACCUCCCCCUCCUCCCAUCACAACGGAAGGGUGUUGUCAAUGAGUCCCACCCCCCACAGGGACACUGGUUCAGCCGCACCUGUAGGACCUUCGUCCUGUAGUCCCAGACCGAGCACCUCGCCGCGCUCCCCACUGCGUCACAUCCUCAGUCUGGCCUCUAGAUCCGGGACGGGAUGUCCUCCUUCCGCCAAAGCACCCAGCGCCACAAGUCCGAGGAUCGCGCCCAAGCAUUCAGAGUCCAAUGGGCCCAGAAUACGUACUUUCAGCAACAAGGCUAGAAGGAGUGUGAAGGAGGUGUCCCACUCUCAGACCGAGGAGCUGCUGGAUCUGAUCGCGGAGGCUCAGCGGCAGAGGAUGGAGGAUCAGAGGGCUCCGGGGCCGGCUGUUGUGUGUGGAUCGUGCUGUCUGGACACCAGCCAAGACUUCUACAACAUGCUGAUCCACUACCAGUCUAGGAGGAUGGAGGACCAAAGAUGUUGGAUGCCAGAUACGGAUGAAGGUCCUAACCCGGUUUCUGACAGAAAAGAGGAAGAGGGCUAGAGACACAAACACACACACACAAACACACACACACACAUAUGCAAACACACAAGCACAAACACACACACACACACACACACACACACACACACACACACACACACACACACACACACACACACACACCAUCAUCCAAAA